GAGGCGGGACCUCCGGACUGGCCUUGGCGUCACAAGCGACCAAUCAUCACGACGCGUCGACGCACGAUUAACGUCGUAACCAUAGCGAGUGGCGUGUGCUGCGUCAUUCUGUCUGGGCGAGGUGGAGAGGAGGGCAAAAAGGGGAAAAAAAAAGCCAGGAACGCCGUUCUCCUGGACGCCACUUGGUCUUGUGAGCUCCCAACAACUGAGCAGAGGUUGAACCACACAGCAGCCAUGCAGCCAGCUUCUGCAAAAUGGUAUGACCGAAGAGACUACGUCUUUGUUGAAUUUUGUGUAGAAGACAGUAAGGAUGUUGAAAUAAAUUUUGAAAAAGAGAAGUUUACAUUCAGCUGCCUUGGAGGAGCGGAAAGCGUAAAGCAUUUUAAUGAAGUUAACCUUUAUAAUGCAAUUGACCCAAGUGAUUCCAAACACAAGCGGACAGAUAGAUCUGUCUUGUGCUAUUUAAGAAAAGGAGAAUCUGGUCAAGCAUGGCCACGGUUAACCAAAGAAAAAGCAAAGUUAAACUGGCUCAAAGUGGAUUUCAAUAACUGGAGAGAUUGGGAUGAUGAUCCAGAAGAAGAAGAUUUGUCCAGCUUUGAAAAGUUCUCACAGAUGAUGAACAAUAUGGGAGGAGAUGAUGAUGGAGACAUCCCAGACGUAGAUGGAAUGGAUGAUGAUGGGUCGCAGGACAGCGAUGAUGAGAAAAUGCCAGAUCUAGAGUAAAUGAAUUGGGGGAAAAAGGCUUCAGGGAAUUGGAAGAAAAGCAUUCAUUAAACUGUUAAUUUUUAACAAAACAAUUAUAAGUUGAUAGCUGUUGAGGGCAGUGGUGCAUCUUUCAAUCCACUUUCAACCUGUUUUAAAGGCUUUUCUAGGGGUCGAUGCAUACCAGAGUAUUGGACAAAAUUGCUUACCAGUACAGUACAAUAAUCUGCCAUUAUGUACAGAUACCAAUUUUCCAGGACUUUGCAAAAAAAAAAAUUAAUUUUAAGUUAUUUAUAGUGAUCGGCGUUUGUAUUGACUGAUACUAAACCUUGUAGUUGGAAAUCCCCAUAAACCUAGCACUGAAAUGGCUUCAGUAUCAAUAAAGCCACCUUAGUUAAUUCUGCAGCAGUUAGGAUGCUGAGGUUUUAAGUUUUUUUUUCCCCAAAGUGGCUUCAUCCCUAAUAAUUGGUUAAAACUCUUUAAUGGUAUUGGUUGACCCUUGAGCUUCUACAUCUGUUAGUAUGAAGAGUGAUAAAGCUGUACAUUGUCGCUUGUGGAUCUUAAGUGGCUGUACAUUUAGAUGACCAAGUGUAUUUGCACUGUCUUGAGUAUGAAUGCAAGUUUGAAGAAAAUGUUAAUACACUAUCUUUAGGAUGUAUUUUGUGAAAUCUGCUCAGUACAAGCUGAACCUCAAUUUAUGUCAAAUGCAAUGGAAUUUUUUUUAAGCCUACAAUAUCUUUCUAAUAAACUGUUAACACUUAAA